AUGGCUAAUCCUUUCUGGAUCGGGAAUGACGCUUUGGUUUGUCACGCAUUUAAUAAGGAUGCCUCAUUGAUGGCAAUAUCGAUAAAUACAAGCAAUGUGUACAUUCUUUCUGUUCCUAAGUCACCGAGUGAUCGAUUUAAAUUAGUCGACACUCUUAAAGAACAUUCUGCUUUAGUUAUGGGGAUCGACUGGUGUGCUAGCUCGAAUCAAAUUGUUUCGUGCUCAGCUGAUAGAAACGCUUAUGUUUGGAAACAAUCUUCUGAUGGUAAAUGGAAGCCAACGCUUGUGGCUUUGCAGAUUAAUAGAGCUGCCCUUUGUGUGAAAUGGUCACCUCUUGGGAACAAGUUUGCUGUCGGUUCUGGAAGUAGGAUCGUGUCUGUGUGUUUUUUCGAAAAGGAACAAGAUUGGUGGGUUCCAAAACAGAUCAAGAAGGUCAUGAAAUCUACUAUCACUUGUGUGGAUUGGCACCCCAACAACACAAUAUUAGCUUGUGGUUCUGCUGAUUACCAUGUUCGUGUUUUCUCAGCUUUUAUCAAAGAAACAGAUUCGGAGGACAGAGAUUCUGCCUGGGGUGCUAAAAGUCCCUUUCAAACUCUACUUUUUGAGGCUUAUAAUGGUCAUGGGUCUUGGAUUCAUAGCGUCUGCUUUUCGGCUGAUGGCAAUAAACUGGCUUGGACGGGACACAACUGUUCUUUGAGCAUUGCGGAUGCUGGAGCCGGCAAGCCACCGGUCGUGCGAACAAUUAGUACUCAGUAUCUUCCCCUUUUGAGUUGCGUUUGGGUGGGACAAAACAGCGUCCUUGGGGCUGGUCACGAUUGCUGCCCCAUUCUAUUCAACUACUAUGGCUCGGAGAAAGGGAUUUCAGAAGGCAAAAUGUUCAAUGUAAAGAGUGAGUCGCAAGAUGCACCCAAGGUUUCGGCGUUGCGUCGUUUCCAAAAUAUCGAUCGUAUGGCUACAACGGAUAACACAGAUACGCGUCUUACCACCAUCCACCAAAACUCCAUCAAUGAGCUGUGUAUAAUGAAAGGGGAUAGAUCAAAGACGAUUCAGGUCACCUCGAUUGGUCGGGAUGGGCAACUGGUGAUCUGGGACAUGGUCUCUUUGCCCUCACUAAUUGCGGGUCUCACAAUCAACUAA